AACUCAUCCUUAAUUCACUAAGACACAGAAUCUUCUUAGAGUGUGUUUUCCUACAUUGACUCCAAUCCUCUUAAUUGUUAAAGAAAAAUGGCUUCCUCCAAGACUUUUCUUCUCCUUGGUCUUGUCUUUGCUGUUGUGCUUCUCAUCUCCUCUAGUGUCUCUGCUCGUGAGCUUGCUGAGGCCGCUCAAACCCAGGAAAAUGUCCAAACUGAAGCUGUGGAGGAGGCCAACUACGGUGACCUCAACGGUCGUGGACAUGGACAUGGGCAUCGUGGGUCACCGCCAGGUCCUUGCUGUGGGUCACCGCCAGGUCGUUGCUGCUGACGAGACAGAAACCGACGAAAAUUAGACAAAUCCUUGGUCCUAUGCGUAUCUAUCAAUGUUACUUUGUUUGCCAAUAAAUAAGGUCGCACGGGUUGGGUUGUGCAGCUUUAUUAUAAGCUUUAUCUUUCUACUAUGUUACUUUGUAUGCCAAUAAAUAAGGUCCCUCUGGUUGUGUUGUGCAGCUUUAUUAUAAGCUUUAUCUUUCUACUACUUUUUCAUGUGUAAUGUUAUGCCAUUUUAUGUAUCACAAUUAAUGUGCU